AUGUCGAACAACAAUGAGACUUCGAAUUCAGCUGUGGCAGCUUGCCCGCCAAACCCUCCCCAGAUCUCCUCCAGCGAGGGCGGUCAUGACGACAAGAAAAAUAACAACGACAACUCCGACAGGAACCGACGUGGUAGCGGCAGAAGCCAGGGAAGAAGUGGUGGCAGAGGUCGGAAUGGCAGCUGGACUGAUAAACCGCAUAGAGAGAAACGGGCUCGCGAUGACCAAGGAAGAGCUGCUUACAAUCAUAGCACCAAAAAACAGCGCUCCUAUGGGCAAGGCACUGAGGAAAACAAAGUAGAAGAGUUAGGCGAAGAAAAGGAAGAGAGAAAGCCUAAACGAAAGGUUGCAGUCCUUAUCGGAUAUUGCGGAACCGGGUACAGAGGAAUGCAGUUAAAUCCACCGCAUAAAACUAUUGAAAGCGACAUAUUUGAGGCCUUUGUCAAAGCUGGCGCAAUAUCAAGGGCCAACUCCAAUGAUCCAAAGAAGUCAUCCCUUGUUCGUUGCGCGCGUACAGACAAAGGCGUCCAUGCUGCUGGAAAUGUAAUUUCUUUGAAACUCAUCAUUGAGGACCCUGAUAUAGUGCAGAAGAUCAACGCCGAACUUCCCGAACAAAUCCGUGUAUGGGGAAUUCUACGCACCCUUGGCUCUUUCAGCUGCUACCAAAAGUGUGAUAGCAGGAGAUACGAGUACCUUCUUCCGACCCAUUGUUUUUUACCACCGCACCCAAAAACAUUCCUUGCACAAAAACUCAGAAGCAUUGCCGAGAAAGAAGGGGAUCAUGAAGGCUUGCUUGAGAGGCAAAAGGAAGUUGAUGGAUGGUGGGAUGAAGUCGAUGACAAGGUUAGGAAGCAGCUUAAAGAUGAAGACCCGGAAUUAUUCAAGAAGGCUAUGUACGAAGAAAGUGAGUCGGACAAGGAAGCCGUACUGGGUAAUGAUGGACGGCUCAGAAGCAGGUCUCCAGGCGUAGACAUAAACAAGGAACCCAUGGAGACUGAGGGAAAAAUCAAAAGCGAGGCGGAGAAAAUUGAGGAAUUGCGCUAUAAGAUUAGGGCUGUCCAUCGAGUAGAAAAGAGGGCGUACCGGAUAUCUCAGGAGCGGCUAGCGAGAGUCAGGGAGGCGUUUAAGGCAUACGAAGGUACUAAAAACUUUCAUAACUAUACCAUUAAUAAAACCUUCUAUGAGGCAAGCUCUAGGAGGCAUAUCAAAUCCUUUGAGGUUUUGGAUCCGAUAAUCAUUAAUGACACAGAAUGGGUAUCUCUGCGAGUCCAUGGCCAAUCCUUUAUGAUGCAUCAAAUCAGAAAAAUGGUCGGUAUGGCAAUGAUGGUUGUCCGCACAGGCUGUCCUAUUGAACGGCUUCUUCUUGAGUAUCCUGUCUUCGAAAGCUACAACAAGAGUGCUGUAGAAGCACAUUCUCGGGAGCCGAUUGACUUCACUAUAUAUUCGAAGGAGAUUGAUGCGUUCCGCGAGAAAAUGAUCUAUUCUAAGCUUUUCGAAGACGAAAGAAAUGGCAAUAUAUAUACUGGAUUCGUCCACUUUUUAGACUCGUUUAAGAGCCCACAUUUUACCUACUUAUCUUCCACAGGAUUCAAAGCUCUCGAUGAAGAGCUUGAAGCACAAAGAAAUAUUAAUGAUGAGAUGGUGGUUGAUUCCGAGGAUGAAGAUGCUGGAUCUGAUGCUGAAGCUGGUUAA